CACCUAAGAGUAAAGCACCAGGUUAAACACAAUAAGCAUAAGGGCUUAACCGAAUUCCUUAAAGGUCUAGGCCAGUUAUACCUAGGUAAUCCUAGUGCUACGCCGCUCCCCAAAGACGGCUGCUCAGAACAUCCUGACUUACAUAUCUACAAGGGGUAUGCCUGCCAGAAAUGCCCACUCUAUACCAUAAACUUCUUAUCCCUAAUACGCUAUAUUUCCACUUAG